UUUUUGGCUAUAAAAAUAACAGAAAUCUGUUUGGGCGGUCUUUUUCUGCCCAGCACAACAAAGUUAUCCUUAAGCUCUUCUCCUACAAGUGACCAGCUGCCCAAAUCAUGACUUCCAUUUUUAAUAGUGCCUAAUGAAAAGGUAGAUGAAACAGGCUCCUCUGAGCCAAUUCCUACCUACACUUCGAUUUGAAACCACCUUGCUUGUCCUUCUGUCUAGUCAACUCCUCUCUGAGGCCUGAACUGGAAGAUAGGCAGUGACAGUGUUGAAAAACAGCUGUCUUUUCUUUCUCCUAUACCUGAGUGAGUCAAAUUUUCUACCUGGCAUGAGGUACAACGUAAAAUCAGUUUUUCCUGUGUAUCUUACAGAAAGAAAAGGCUACCUUAAAGUAAGAGGUAUUUAAAUGCAACUGGCAGAUGAAGUUGCCAUAUGAGGUUGCCUUUCUGCAUGUCGCUGACAGCUCACUCAACUGUCAGUUGUAACUUUCCCAAUAGGGUCAUCAUUUACGACCAGCAAUGUCCUCUGAUUAUUAUAAAAUACACUACAAUAUGCAGGACACACUGGUAUUUGUAAAACAUUUGAGUAGCUGAGUAGCAAAUUCUAUUCUGUUUCAUAAAGAAAAAUAAUACAGCAAAGUUUGAGGAAUGGACUACACUUCAUUGCGGAUUGGUCUUCUGCAGGUAGUCGGGUUGCAGUUACACUUCAUACAGAAUACCUAAAACCUGAUAGAUCUAGAUUUUGUUCUUUAUUUGUAAAAGCUGAAUUAACAGAAGUAUAUAAAAAAGAAUUGCUUUCCCAAUGAAAAUGCUACUCCUAAUUUUUUUUUUCACUUGAAUGCUAUGAAAAUGCUUUUCUGACCAUGAUUAGAAUGAAAUCCUGUUUAUUCUCUGCUCAUGGAAAAUAUUUUCUUAAAUAAUAUGAAGCUCAUUUUCCUUUUUCCCCCCUCUCUAGAUAUGACCCAGACAUUUUGUUAGGCUAUGAAGUCCAGAUGCAUUCCUGGGGUUAUCUCUUACAGAGGGCUGCUGCAUUAAAUGUUGAUUUAUGCCAGAUGAUUUCUCGUGUGCCAGAUGAUAAGAAGGAGAACAGGUUUGCAGCUGAGCUGGAUGAAUAUGGGUCAGAUACAAUGAGUGAAAUAAAUAUUGUUGGGCGAAUUACCUUAAAUAUUUGGAGAAUGAUGAGAAAUGAGGUGAAUCUAAUGAAUUACACCUUUGAAAAUGUGGGCUUUCAUGUUCUUCAUCAGCGUUUUCCUUUAUUUACUUUCCGAGUUCUUUCUGAUUGGUUUGAUAACAAGGCAGAUGUCUACAGAUGGAAAAUGGUUGAUCAUUAUGUUAGUCGUGUCCAUGGGAACCUCCAGUUAUUAAAAAAACUGGAUUUGAUUGACAGAACAAGUGAAAUGGCAAGACUUUUUGGCAUUCAGUUCUUACAUGUAUUAACAAGAGGCUCCCAGUAUCGUGUGGAGUCUAUGAUGCUACGUGUUGCAAAGCCAAUGAAUUAUAUUCCUGUGACACCCAGUAUCCAGCAGCGAGCUCAGAUGAAAGCCCCUCAAUGUGUUCCCUUAAUAAUGGAGCCAGAAUCCCGCUUUUACAGCAACGCUGUUCUUGUAUUAGACUUCCAGUCGUUAUAUCCUUCCAUUGUGAUAGCAUACAACUACUGUUUUUCAACCUGCCUGGGACAUGUUGAAAAUUUAGGAAAAUACGAUGCGUUCAAAUUUGGCUGCGCAUCUCUGCGAGUACCUCCUGACUUGCUUUACCAGAUUAGGCAUGAUAUCACAGUGUCACCCAGUGGAGUGGCUUUUGUCAAGCCUUCGGUAAGAAAAGGUGUGCUGCCAAGAAUGCUAGAAGAAAUCUUGAAGACUAGGAUAAUGGUGAAACAGUCAAUGAAGGCUUACAAGCAUGACAAGGCUAUAACUCGAAUGCUUGAAGCUCGGCAGUUGGGUCUUAAAUAUAUAGCAAAUUUUACAUAUGGUUACACUGCUGCUAAUUUUUCUGGAAGAAUGCCAUGCAUUGAGCUUGGUGAUAGCAUUGUCCACAAAGCCAGAGAAACAUUGGAGCGUGCUAUAAAACUGGUGAAUGAUACCAAAAAAUGGGGUGCUCACGUUGUGUAUGGUGAUACUGACAGCAUGUUUGUACUCUUGAAAGGAGCAACUAAGGAGCAGUCUUUCAAGAUUGGUCAAGAAAUUGCUGAAGCUGUAACAGCAACAAACCCCAAACCUGUUAAACUGAAGUUUGAAAAGGUUUACUUGCCAUGUGUCCUGCAAACUAAGAAGAGGUACGUGGGUUACAUGUAUGAAACACUGGACCAGAAGGACCCAGUAUUUGAUGCAAAAGGCAUAGAGACCGUCCGAAGGGACUCCUGUCCUGCUGUUUCCAAGAUACUUGAGUGUUCUAUCAAGCUGCUAUUUGAAACACGUGACAUAAGUCAGAUCAAACAGUACGUUCAGAAUCAGUGCAUGAAGUUACUGGAAGGAAAAGCCAGCAUACAAGAUUUCAUCUUUGCGAAAGAGUACAGAGGGAGCUCUGCUUACAGACCCGGAUCCUGUGUACCAGCCCUGGAAAUCACCAGGAGAAUGCUUGCCUAUGACCGUCGCUCUGAACCACGAGUUGGAGAGCGAGUGCCCUAUGUCAUCGUGUAUGGCAUGCCUGGACUGCCUCUGAUCCAGCUGGUGAGACGGCCCAUUGAAGUCCUGCAGGAUCCCAACCUGAGGCUGAAUGCCACUUACUACAUUACCAAACAAAUUCUGCCACCGCUGGCCAGGGUCUUCUCGCUGAUCGGCAUAGAUGUCUUCAGCUGGUACCACGAAUUGCCACGGAUUCAAAAAACUGCCUCCACUGCCCGCAGUGAGCUGGAAGGACGCAAAGGCACAAUCUCCCAGUAUUUCACGACCUUACACUGUCCCGUGUGUGAUGAACUGACCCAGUAUGGGAUCUGUAAUAAAUGCAGAAGCCAGCCACAGCAUGUGGCAGUGAUUCUCAACCAAGAAAUCCGAGAGCUGGAGCGUAAGCAAGAACAGCUGGUCAAGAUAUGCAAGAACUGUACAGGCUGCUUUGAUCGACAGAUCCAGUGUGUCUCCCUGAACUGUCCCGUACUUUUCAAGCUAUCCAGAGUGAGCAGAGAAUUAUCAAAGGCACCGUAUCUUCGCCAGCUACUUGACCAGUUUUAAAUGAUCUGUUAC